AUGAAGAUAAUGCGAAUUAACUUCACCAAUGUUUCUAUAGUUGUCGCUCUAUUAGUGGUGAGCUAUGUGUUCUUCAGGCUAGCCCAGCGAAGUCAAUUGGUGACGACUGACACAGAGUCAGUGCGUCAAACUUCAGGUACGCACAACUUUUUCACAUGCAUGGUUCACCAUUCUUUGUUUAUUUUUGUACGUAGACGUCAACUUCGUUUCAGAUCCAUAAUAUUAAAGAAAAAUAACUUGGCUAAUAUCGCAGCCUAUCUGAUCUCAUGCAUGGGCAAUAAUGCCUAUAUUUGUAUAAGGCUUAAAUUCAACACAUGAAAUACUAAACCUAAUCUAAGUAUAUUGGAACAGUACGUCUAUGUAAACAAUUACACACCCUAGACACCCAGGGAUUACUAAUUCAUGUCUUAUAUUCCUCCUGUGUACAGUAAAAUGCAUGGGAUAUAUAUACCUGCCAACCCUCACGCAUUAUGCAUGAAUCUCAUGCCUGUAAACUAAAGACAUCAAUCUCACACAUCAAAGACAAUUUCUCACGCCUGACUCACAAAUAGGGACAUAUUGUUCUUUCACACAAAUGUUCUUUAAGUAGCUUUAGAAGUGCUCAAACCAGCGUGCAAAGAAAGUAGUGUCCGAUAGCCCGGGGCUAGUGGGUUUUGCUAUUGGGCUAGUGAAUUCGGUUAUUAACUUGCCUGACGGGCAAGUGAAGUUUUUUGAGGAAUCCAAAUUACGGAUGAACUGUGAAAUCAAUCUGCUCAUCAAACCGUUUCUGGGGCUAGUUGAAAUGACGUUUGGGCUACUAAAUGUUAGCUUCAUCUUGCCCGAAUGGCAGGCUGUAAAAGUGACUUUCUUUGCACCCUGUCAAACCGUCUUCGGAACAUCUGCGUAUAUUUUCGGCACCAUUCGGAAGUCUUUGGAAAGUCGUCAGAAAUCUUUGAAAGUCGGCAGGGUGUUUCUGCAAAUACCGGUCAUGACAACACACAUUUAGCUUAAAAAAAGUUGGCAGGUAUAGAUAUAUACUCCCAUCCAGGGCUGUCAACCCCUACAUCGUUAAUAGGGAAGGGAUGAUAGAUGACAUAACACAUGGCACUUGACGUCAUUUGUGCAAAAAAAUACUCAUUGCCUCUGAUCAUCAAAAAUUUGCGAUGACACAAAACACAUAAUAAAGAUGUUGGUAUUGUAGCAUUUGACCUGAUUGGUUUACUUUCCACCAAUCAUAUUUUUAUAUUACAAUGGCAUAGCAGAGUUAAUGAGGAAAUGUUCGAUGUUAACAUUAAAAUAGCUCAAACAACGCAACAUAGUUGAGAAUUUAUUGUCAGAAAUUCAAGUCUGCUUAACUUUGGCGAUUAUCUUGGAGAUUUCAUACUCUGAUCUGGAGACCGGGAAAUAUGGUCCAAAUCUGGAAUCUCCCAGAUUAACCAGGAGAGUUGACAGCACUGCCCAUAGUACCAAAAACAUUCUCCCAAUAGCUUGCACUAUAAGAAAUGAGAUAAGCUCACUGGAAAGAUUUCCGCACAACUCCAUAGAUUUAUUAUGCAUGCAGCAAUAAAAUUAUUUAUGUCAUACUGUUUCACACAAAUAGACAUUAUGCAGAAUAAGUGUAUGAAUGCAGAUAUUCAAAUUCCAGAGACAUAGUUGCAAGCUCUCCUUCCUUUUCCCGCUCCGCUGCCGAGUGCCCCAGAGAGCUUGCUCGCUGGCUAGCUCAGUUUAGGCCUUGUAUGGUUUAAGGCACCAAGUACCCAGUACACAUAAUAGCUUUGUGGCAUACAGUAACCCCUUUAUGCUAGAAGGAAGUGGUUUAAAUGUAGGACCCAGUACAUUAUGCAGAAGUCUACAAUUUUAAUGUCCGGACCAUUGAUUAAGUGGUGUGUUAAUUUCAAUUUUUUUGGCCCCAAAUCUGUGAUACACUUUUGACAUUCAUGACACCUAAAAGAAAGAAGAGUACGUAUGUUACAGGUCAAAUUUGAUCUCAGGUUGAAAUUGUUUAACCUAGGUUGAUUCUCAUUUUCCUUUGUUUCCUAGCCCUAAUUAUUCAUGAAUUAGGGCUAGGAGACAAAGGAAAUUGAGAAUCAAUCUAGGUUAAAAAAAAUAACCUGAAAUCAAAUUUGACCUGUAACACAUACUUGUAUUUUAUCAGGGUGGAGAUCCACCAGUGUCAGUGAAACUGUAAAGAUUUCCUUGAAGUGGCCAGGAUUUCUUCACUUGAUGUUUAGGGAAAGUAGCACAAAUAAAGUUUCCAAAUCAGAUUAUACAUUUAACUUUGCUCCUGUUCUACCAACAUGUUUAUUUCUUUGUGAAUGUUGCAUUAAUUUCCUUCAUUUUGAGAGGAUUUCCUCAAUUUUGUGUUAAUUUCCUUUAUUUGAAAGUCAUUUCCAUUUAAUUUGCAUUGAUUUAAGUCAGGUUAAUUCCCAAUACCUUAAUUGUGUAUGGCAAAAUAAUUUCCUUAAAACAGUUUUCAAGUAGAUGAGGGUCAUGUUAACUUACUUUAAUACAACUGAUGUCU